AGGGAUUUAAAUAAAAGAUUGCAAAACAAUUUGGAGGGAGCCAGCAAUUGUAUAACAAAGCUGCAGGAUUCAAGAAAUGAGAUUUUAAAAGAAUUAGUGGAUUUGAAAGGUCAGUACGAGCUGUUAUCCCAAGAGAAUGCUGAGAUCAAGACAACGUUUAAAUCGUACAAAUCCGAGCAAGAAUCUUCGUCUUUUUCGCUUGAUGAUAGUAAGUACAAUGCUGUGAUGCAAGAGAAAAAUAAAACUGCCUUGGAAUUGGAAGACAAAAAAUUGUUGUUAAAUCAAAAUGAUAAAGACAUUAAGGAAUAUUCUAGGCGCGCACUGGAAUUGACUGUUAAAAAUAGAGAUCUCAAUGAACUGUUGAAAAACCAUGCUACAAUCAUAGACGAACGUGAGAAGGAGAUCUCGAAGCUGAAAGAUAAAUUUUACCUCCAUCGAGUAGAGAAUAAACUGAUCAAGGAAUUGGAAGAAAAGUUACAAAAUCUCAGGGAGGAGAACAAAAAGCUUCAGGAAAAGCUCGAGUCUUUCAAAUCAAGACCACAAAUUGAUCUGGAA